GGGGGUGUAAACGGGAGAAGGAAGGGGGGAGGUGGAUGGACACUGAAUUGGACCAGCCUAGUUAUUUUGCACUACAGACCUUCAGAGGCCCGGAACAAGAGGUGGGGGAUCAAGGCGGGUUCUGCGCGUAAGGACUUGGAUGCAGCGGCACUCUAGGAUCGGAGAGCCUCCGCUCAGUUGCUCACCGUAAACGGGCGGUGAUGAUGGUGGUGGUGAUGCGCCGUGAGAAGAGCGGCGGAUUCCCGCAGAGCCCGACACACUGCACCACAAACCUGCAGCCGAGCAGCGGCGUCCGCCUCCAGCCUCAGAUCACCAAACCCAUUCAUUCAUUCUCCUCCUCGCAGCUUUGAGACGAGCCUACGGUUUUCUCCGCCAGGGGUUUCGGAUGUGCGGCGCGCUCGUUGGAGUGUAGAGGAACGGAACCAGACGGGACGCAGGAGAAGAUGUUGGCGCGAUGUUACCGGGCCAAGCUGUCGGUGUGGGCAGCUCUGUGCGUGCUGGUGCUCUGCUGGUUUUACGCGUUCCCGGUCUACAGGAUCCCCAGCGACAAAGAAAUAGUGGAGGAGGUGCUGAGGCAGGGCGAAGUGUGGCAGAAGAACCAGACGGGCAUUGAUCUGUACAGGAAGUUGCUGACGGACUGUUGCGAUCCGAAGCGCAUGUUUGCCGUGACGAAGGAGAACUCACCAAUGGGGAAGGUCAUGUGGUACGACGGCGAGUUUUACCACUCGCACACUGUCAACAACGAGACAUAUGCAGUAUUUGCUCAGAGCAACCCUCUGCAGCUGCCGCUGAAAAAGUGUGCGGUUGUGGGAAACGGUGGCAUCCUCAGAAACAGCAAGUGUGGCCGGGACAUCGACCAGGCCGACUUCAUUAUGCGAUGUAAUCUUCCUCCUCUUACAAAGAACUACGUGGACGAUGUGGGAACAAGAACACAUCUGGUUACUGCCAAUCCCAGCAUCAUAGAAAAAAGGCAUCAGAACCUUCUGUGGUCUAGAAAAGCUUUUGUGGACAGUAUGAAGGUCUAUGGCUCAAGCUACAUCUACAUGCCAGCGUUUUCCAUGAAGCCCGGCACUGAGCCAUCGCUGCGGGCAUAUUAUGCACUCUCAGACACCUCCUCCAACCUCACCAUGCUCUUUGCAAAUCCUGAGUUCCUGCGCUCUGUGGGUAAAUUCUGGAAAGCCCACGACAUUCACGCCAAGCGCCUCUCCACUGGGCUGUUUCUGGUCAGCCUGGCCCUGGGGCUGUGUGAUGAGGUCACAGCUUACGGCUUCUGGCCUUUCUCCGUCGGCCUGGACGAGCAACCCAUCAGCCACCAUUACUAUGACAACAUUUUGCCCUACAAGUGGUUCCAUGCCAUGCCCGAGGAGUUCAUGCAACUUUGGCGCUUGCACAAAAGUGGCACACUGCGUAUGAGGGUGGGUCGCUGUCCCCCUCAGAAUGGAGAGAGUUAGAGCAGCCGGAGGGCUGAGCCGAUAACGGUCUGUCGAUGCUUAUUACGUUGCAGCAGGCAGAUGAAGAAAACUGGAUUGUGAGGCAGACGGAAGAUAAAGGAGGGAGCAUAUAUUGCCUGAGGAUUCCCUGUGCUGCAUCUCUGUCAAUACCAUCCCUUGCUCUUCUCCUGAUUAUCUUAAGAAUGUCCUCCACAGGACACACAGCGACAUGUGCAGCAACACACACACACACACACAAAGUAUGCAUACAUUCCCAAAACAUGGCCAUAUGUCAACACUUGUUCAUGAAAAUUGUUUUUGUGUGCAUGGAUUUCAGUGUGUGUGUGUGUGUGUGUGUGCGUGCGUGCGUGCGUGCGUGUGCGUGCGUGCGUGCAUGUGUGCGUGCGCGUGUGUGUGUGUGUGUGUGAGAGAGAUAGGGAGGGGGUUGGUAUCAAACUGACAAACAUGGCUGCAGAUGUAAACCCCCAGCUGGCUUUUUGGCAAAGGAGACUCAGGGAGCAAAGGGGGACAGUAAAACACACUGAAAGAUGGCUGAACUGUGAAACAAUGGAGGGCCUCCUGGUACCUACUGGCAUGAACAGGAGAGAGGGCGAUUUUCCUCUAGGUUCUUUUUCCUUUUUUAUUUCCUUCAACAAAGCGCUUGAGUGGCUUUCUCUGUGGUGCCAAAUACAGCUUUAGUUCAAAGCAGAAGCUACUGGAAAUUGAAUCAUAAAAACUCCUUAGAAUGUCGAGCCACUUUGCAUUUGAACCCUUUAGCAAAAAGGGAACUUACUCUGGUGUGGUGUACAUUGUUGCUUUUAAUAGCCAAAUGUGACAUUUAUUUUCAGGUUUUAAUGUGAAAUCUUGUUUUGUUGGUGUAAAUACUCAGAAAGUUACAUUUCCUGCCAAAAAAAGAAAAGGAAAUAAGAAAAUCACACCUAUGUACCUCAGCAUUUUAUUUGUGAUCCACUGGUUGGCUCUGUGGUACAAACAGACUCAUUAAAUAAGAUCACAACCUAACCCACUUCUGUAGAGAGCCUGCUGGAAGUCAUCUAAGUGACUAUUCACUUCAAGUGCCAAGCCACGGGAACAGUGGACGCCUUGAUCCGAUCUUAAACAGCGCUUGUGCUUCACUGUUAAGAAGAAAGACUGUGACAUACAGGACUCCAUAUCUCAAAGUGGCAUUUCACUCAGUGCUGGUUGUAUUUAUUAGAUUUAAAAUACCUGACUGGACAAAUUGUGCUUUUUUACAUGCAGGUUAAAACUUCACCUCCAGUGCAGGAACAACUAAGUAUUUGUACUGUAGGUUUCUUAUAAUUGUGUUGUUUUUUAACAUUUUGUUUGCAUGGGGGAAAUUUAAUUUGCUCAUGUAAAAGCCAACGAAAUACAGGUGUUUUCUUUGUAUUUGCAGGUUUUGUAAAUGUCAAAAAUUUUAUUAUAUUUCAAACUUGUUCUUAAUUAUCUUAUUUUUUGGUGAGAAAUGAUACAGUGUCAUACUGUGGAUGGCUGACUGCACAGGGAAUUCAGGAAGUGGAUCCCGACCCCCAGACCGAAGGUACAAAAUCUGCUAGAAGUUGAGUCCUUUGUGUUCUCUUCUACUCUGUUAAGCUGGAUGAGGUCCAGUGCCUUUACUGAGGGAGAAUUUUGGGCUCUUUUACCCAUCAACCCAAUUCAUGUGAUACAGUUGGUCUUGCUAAUUCUGCUUGACUAAUGUAAAGUAAGAAAUAGCGUGUUGACAGCAUCUACUAACUAGGCCAAGGAUCAUGAGCUCCCUGCAGCUUUGUACACAACAAUGAUUCGUUUAGUAAAGAGUUUGCUUCCUAUGAGUGUUGUAGCAUCUAAUUGUCUUCUUUACAUAUUUGCAGCUUGGUUUUUAAGCAAAGUUAUUUGUUCCAAUUAAGGCUCACCCCAGUUUUGUGAUCUUUAUUGCUUUGCCAAGGAGCUAAGCUAAGGGACUGAAAGUAUUCCUGAGUUCACUGCUAGCUUUUUGCUAACUUUAAUCCAUCAUUUCUGGUACAUUAGGAAAUGUUUGUCUUUGUCUAAGAGAUUUAUUUUACAUUUACUCAGCUGAACAUGCAAUAGGAGAAAGCAAGCAGUGUUUUAAAUAAACACAAUGCAAAGGUCAAACCCCCUUUGGAGGCUUCUAUGUAAAAGUAAUUCUAAUGUUGUUGCUGAAUGAAAACAAUACCUUUAGAGCAUGCUUGGGGUGGAUGCUGGAGGCUGGGGUUGGUUUUGGAUAGUUUGUUGUAGCAGGAUUUAAAUUAUUUGACCUCUGCUGCAGAACAAACAGGCAAACUCUGAUCCAGCUAUGAAGUUUUCUUUUGCAUCGUAUUUAUUUCAUUUCCUUCAUCAGUGCUUGUUUUAGGAAAUGGUGGCCCUGUUCAGGUUGUUGGAUCUGCUUUCAAAACUGCAAAGGGAAGUUGAACCAAAACUAAUAAAACUGUAAAGGUUUUUGAAAAUGACUGCAUUCUGAGCUGGUGUAUAACAAAAAAUGUACUCCUGUUCAAAUAUUGCUUGUUUUUGGCCACGCGCAUCCCAGAAUGCAACGUGCACUGGGCUAAGACAGCCUUUGGCUUACAAUGGCAGCGUUGUUUUGGUGGUUGUGUCAGAUCAAAAUAGUAUUUUAUGUUCUUUUCAUACCAGAUGUGUUUUUUUUUUUCACAACCGGGAAAGGCAGCUCAUUAAUGUAAGGAGUCAUGCAAGAAAAGUGCUUAAAAAAUCAAAUUCAACUUGGAGUUUUUCUUAUCUCAUCUGAACAUCAAAUCUUCAUGUUGCCUUGUCUUUUUCAGUCCCUUACACAUUUCCACUUCACUUUUUUGUUGUCAUUUCUCAUUUAUUCCUUAAAGGUGUAGUUCACAGAAAAAAAAUAUUUUUAAUAAUUGUUUCUGAUUUCCGAACAUAAAAAUAAUCUUCUAAACGUAUCUCCUGUUUUAGCUUCUGAUAGACAAUAGAUGGUGAAACUCUAGGAUUUGACAAGUCUUACAGAUGUAAGUCACACGGUCUCAACAUUCAUGGACUCACCCAGUUUGACUCAUGACAGGGAAGGCUGUUGUUGGUUUAACCUCCAGUAAACAGCAGACAAUGUCACUGCUAGUAGAAGCUAACCAUUAGCAUUAGCAACUCCACCAUGCAGCAGAAUUCCUUCAGGCUUGUGUUAUUUGUGGAGAUAAAACAUCAAUGUUGCAGAGCAAGCAAAGUCAGUGGUAGAGUCAUGUUGCAGUCAUCCAAUCUGAAGCGAGAUGUCCAACAAUUAGGAGAAAAGACUCAUCUGAAUUUCAACCCUGGCCCAGCCCCAAUUCUCGCACUUCAACCUUUGCGUCCCUCAAAUGCUCGUUCCUGUCCAGUGUGUGUGCGAGUGCGUGGGAUUCUUAAAUGCUGUAGUUGUCCACACCCCUUUUGCACCCUUGAGCUGCACUUCGCCAAAGUCCACAUCAAUGUAGACAUUAGCUAAACGUAAGCCAUUGUUGUGUGGGAAAUUUGAGAAGAAAGUGGAGCAGUGGCUUAAAUGCCCUUUCUGAAAAUAUGGAUUUUCAAGUACAAUAAUUGUCAAGUCAGGCUUGGACUUUUUCAGACUAGGAACCAUGUUCAGCAGAAGGGGUUCCACGGGGACAAUAAAGGUGGUACACCUCUGAGCUGUAAUUUCACCAGAGAGCAUAGUGUUCUGAGUCAGCCGUUCAGUGACUUCAGAACUAAAUACAUCCACCAAAAUCAGAGAGGCAGCCGGUAAGAUAAAUAUAUAAUAUAUUGCUGGUUGUGUACGGACUUUGCUGCUGGUUAGGCGGUUGGGCGGGAAACCUGUCUGAUUGUUUGUUUGUUUGCUUACCUAGGCGUGGCCCAAACAAUUGAGUCUCUGUUGAUUUGGCUGGCAUAAUCUUUGUUUGUGGUUAUUUGCCAGUUAGUAAAAGAAUUACUUAUCUGAAAAUGUUUCAGCAAGUUGUUUGUUGCAGUUGCUUGUUCAUUUUUGGGUUCUGUGAUUAGUUUCAAUGGAAGAUGAAUUAUAAAAGAUAAUGAUAAAUAGCUUAUAUUUUUCUAAGGGAACUAUUUGAUGCUUAAAACUACUGUUUAAAAAGUAAUGCUAAAGGUAAUUAUGUAAACCCUGUAAAUCUAAUUUAAGGUUAUAUGUCUGCUUGAUUGAAGGUUUUUCACCUGAGCUGACAUGCUGAAAUAAACAUAAAAGCAAAAAGUGAAGCAUUGUUUCGGUCUCUGAGUGAAAUCCAGUUUCUAAACUCUGUGGUGGAUGUUUAUCCCUCUCAAGUGGGGAAGCACAAAACAGUGCAGGACUUGACAAUAAUCAAAAUAUUGAGAAUUUAAUUAUUGUGUGUGUGUAUAUGGUUACAAUCAAAUGUAUUUUUGUUGAAGGAUGCAUUGCAUGUCUGUUGAUGAAAAUUGCUAACUGAUAACAGUGCUGGUGUGUAUUUUGGACAUGGCAUGUCAGUCAUUUAAUCACAAUAUCAUUCAAUACAAUUUAACAAACUGCUGAGUCAACAAUAAAAUGGUAAGAUCAAAAAUGAAAAAGAGAAUUUUUUCCCCUUCCGGUCUGCUUGACACUCAGCUUUAAGAGGUUGGAUUGGGGGGUUAAACCACCAAAUAGUUCGAGUGCAGCACAGCUCACCGCCCCCCACGGGGAUGGGUCAAAUGCGGAGGACAAUUUACACCACACCAGUGUGUGUGACAACUAUGGGACUUUAAUCUUUAAUCUAGAUUAAGGGUAAAAACUGCACAGUCUCUUUUAAAUGUGGACAGCAAUGAAUGCACAUUUUGUCAAAUAAUUAUUUGUUUAAAUUGUAGCACAAACAGCGCCCAACAUCCUGACAUGCAUUGCAGCCGACUCUGCAUUUCUCACUGUCCCAGUUCAGCAAUUGCACACAUACGCACUCGAAGGCUCACUGUACAUUUCUUUUAAGUACACUUUGCAGAAGACUGAAGGGUGCAGUGUGAGUAUUGUGACUGGGCCAAUGAUGUGGCUCAUUUCUAGUUCCUGAAACUGGUGCACCGGAGCUUUGUUUCUUCAGACUCCUGCUACUGUAGGCACAGAUGCACAUGUUGUUAGCGAACUGGCAUAGAAACAUGCACACACACGCAUGCUGUUUGAAGUUUCCCAACUUUUCAUGGUCUGAACACAUUUAAUUAGCCUAAUUCUUCCUGUCCAUGCUCUGCAGAUGGAAUGAUUUACGUGUUUCAUGGCUGCAGCGGGAACGCGGGUCAUUCAAAGCAUUUUAUUUAGGGUUACCAGAGGAGGAGCAGGUCCAGGUGUUUAGUAAAGCUUUGUAUUUUUAUUGAUUGAGUCAGUCAGUCAGGUCUCCUGUCCUGUUGCAUCUGUACAGAGCCCACUGCAAACAUUCUGAUUAAACAAGUGAUCCACACCUUUAAGUUGUGACACAACACUGUUAGUCAUGUUUUUAUUUGCUUUCAUGUGGCCAUUUUAACAUCUCCCUAUAGACAGAAUUUAUUUAAAAAAAAAGGCAUUAAAAAAGCAAUAACAGUAAUCAUCAGUAAAAUCAAGUAACCAUGGAAACAAGUUAAAAUGACUGUCCAUGUUGUUAAAGGUGUGGUUGUACAGAGACGAUUUCUGAUGGGUGCUGAAGUGUUGUAGAGUGACCAUCUCCUUCUAAUUCAUGUUUGACUGCAGGAAGAUAUCUCAGAACUUGGACGUUACAGCCAGAAGGUAAGCAUGUAGGUUUCUAAACUCUGCACAGCUCUGUCUCGCGAUAGGGAUGUAUUGCUGUAAUCUAUCAGCAUAGCUAUGGAAAGUAACCCCAAACAAACAAUUCCAAAUUCGCUUUUCUACUGCUUUCUCACCAGGAUGGCCAAAAACAACAUAAAUCCAACUCACAUAUGAAUAUAUUAACAAAGGUAAAUAAAGCCUUCAUUUAAAAAUGUUUUUGUGAAGAUCACAAAGGUUAUCUUGACGCUGUUACAUAUUAUUUUGUGAGACCUCAUGUGUCCUUGUUAAUAUCUUUUCACACCCCAUUAGUUUUGUUAAAUUCAUGAAGUGAAUUUUCAUGUUUAAAACUAGAAAAUCAGCUUUAUGAAUUUCAUGACAAACAACUGUUUUUAUUUUGCACUUUUUAUCUUUUAUUGACCAGUAUUGUGAAUGAAUGACAUGUGACUGUUAUAGUUGUGUGUGAGCAUGAGGAGUUUUAAAUGUGGAUGUACCUUUGAUGCACAGAAAUUUUGUUAGUUUUUUAUGUAUUUUGACCCUGCUGUUAGUUUUCAAAGGAAGUAAAAAAAAAAAAAAAGCCAAAACUGAAAUUUCUUGUGGGAAGUGAAAUUGUGAUGCAAAUAUUGAUUUGUUGGUAAAAUGACUGUCUCUUCUGUUUAAAAUGCAACAAACCAUCAUA